AUAAUUUAAUUUAACAGAAAAUGUCAAAAAGGCAAAAUAUCUAAAACUUAUGAAUUGAAGUUAAAAAUUGAAGAUGAUCAACGAUCAAAAAGUAAAAUUUCCGAUGCUUUGAAAUUGUAAAAACGGACCAAAACAGGGUUGACUCUGGAGCCAACUUGAACUCAAUCAUAGAACCAAUUUACACUAUUAAAUCCAAUUUGUCGAUAGGCACUUAAGUAAUAAAUUGAUAUUGGCAUUUAGGAUCAAUUCAAUGAUUAAUUAUUGUCCUCAUGACAGAGAUAUAAGUAUAUCUAAAUAAAUUUAUUGCAGACAAGUUAGUUUAUUAUCGGUUCUAUGUACCAAAUAUUGAUUGUAAUUCAAUUAUGAUUAAGAUCUAUUCUUUGUUCCAUUUAUUUAAGAAGUCGUAAAUCUCAAUUAUCGCAUUUAUAUUUUGUCCUCGGAUGCUCAAUACAAAAAGCCAAUGUGUUUACAUUCCAUGUUUUUUGAAUUCCACAAUCAGAACCAAAACAUAUUUCUCCAUGAAGUGUGAACUAAAUAGCCCAAUAUAUUUACUAAUGUCUGUAAUACUUUUAACUGCAAUGCCUUUCGUGCUUCUUCAUUUCAUUUAUGGAAGUGCGGUUACUGAUGACGCUCAAUUAACAAUUUCAACAGGAUCAUUAAAAGGGAAAGUGGUUACAUUUCGAGGCAUUAAAGUAUACCAAUUUCUUGGCAUACCUUUUGCUGAGCCUCCGAUUGGAGAUUUACGUUUUAAAAAGCCAUUACCAGUGAAGUCAUGGAAUAAAUUGUUGAAUGUUGAUCGAUGGGGCCCUCAUUGCCCUCAAAUUAAUUUUCAAUGGUCAGAAGAUUGUCUUUAUUUGAAUGUUUUCACCAGCUUUUCGGCUUUAAAUGUGGCUAAGAACAUCGAAAGCACAAAUCAAAGUCGAUCUGUUAUGGUUUGGUUUUAUGGAGGUGCUUUCAUUAGCGGAUCAGCGAAUAUGCCAGAUCUUUAUGAUGGAACAAUGUUAGCUGCUUUAAAUGAUGUGAUCAUUGUUACUGUUAAUUAUCGUAUUGGUCCACUUGGUUUCUUGUAUCUUCCUGAAUACGGUAUUCCUGGAAAUAUGGGUUUAUGGGACCAACAAUUGGCUUUACAAUGGGUUCAAGAUAAUAUCCAAUAUUUUGAUGGUGAUCCAGGAAAAGUGACCAUAUUUGGUGAAAGUGCAGGAUCUCGUUCAGUAUCAGCUCACAUGGUAUCACCUCAAUUAGUAGGUUUAUUCAACAAAGCAAUCAUGCAAAGUGGAGUCCUCUCUGAUUCUAACAAUACACUAACACGACAUGCAAGUUCAUUGGUUUUCCUUGAUAAACUCAACUGUUCUCAAUCCACAGCAACAGAUGUACAGUCUUGUUUAGCAGCUUAUAAAUUUGGAGUAGUUAGCGAAGCUGAUUCAGUUUCAGUUGGAGUAGUUGUUGGCGAUGAAUUUAUUCCAGAUUCAAUUGAAACAGCCAUAUCUAAACAAAAGCUUGAUCCCAAUAUAAACAUCUUAUUGGGAACCGUUGGGUACGAAGGAGCAUUCUCGUUGGCCUCUACCAUCGAUCCUCAAAUGUUUGAUCCUAUUAAUCCUCUAAAUUUGACUGCAUUGGAUGUUAGGAAUAUCCUGAGAAAAUGGUUCAAACAAUUCUCAACGGACAGUUUAAUGCAAAUUUAUUUCGCUGAUGUUGAUCCAAACGAUUCCGAUAAACUUCGCCAAAUAUUAUCCAAGGCUGUCGGAGAUGUGCAAAUUGCUUGUCCAGCUUACUCAUUAGGUCGUAAGCUUGUUAAAGACAACAAACAAUCAGCUGUUUACGCUUAUUAUCAAAGUCAAAAAUCAAUUACUAAACCAAUCUAUCUUUUCCCAUCCGGAAGCACAUGGUUCCCUGCUACUCAUACUAAUGAUCUUCCCUUCGUCUUUGGCUAUCCAUUUGCUGUGAAUGAAACAUACGACAAAGAAGAAGUAAUUUUAUCUUCAAUUAUGAUGCAGACUUGGACCAAUUUUGCAAAACAUGGUAAACCAGGAUUCAUCGGUCAAACUGAAUGGAAAUCAUGGAGUCAAGGCGACUCUGGUAGUUUCCAAUACCCAACAAUGGAAUUGAACUCGAUAAACAUGGGCAACAUUGAAACAACACCAGUUGACUUUUGUUUCACAAAUUGGCCAUUUCCAGCUUACGAUGACAGUUAACGUAAAGAUCACCUAAAUGAUGUAAAAUCAACUAAAUUUACUAUUAACGAAAAUCAGUGGCGAACCAAAACCAAAUAAAAACGCUAUUGAAAAAAACAGAAAAUUAAAACAAAUUAA